AUGGCGGCCAACUUUACGGUCGGGACAGACAAUUAUCUCUUUUCGCGCGAUUCAUUGGCGACUGGCAGGUUGACUGCCCAACACUUUCUCAUCCUGAGAAGGUCCGGUUGGCAUCUUCAUCCCGACAUUGCAGUCAAGGUCCAUGGACGCAAGAAACUCACAAUUGCCGAUGUGGCAUGUGGGAAUGGGAUAUGGGCCUUGGACAUGGCACGGGAUUAUCCUCAAGCCCACUUCACCGGGAUAGAUAUAUCUCCCCAACAGUUCCCCCCCAAAUUUACAUGGCCCCGGAAUGUCACGAUGGAGACGUACGAUAUCUUUCAGCCCAUGCCAGACAGAUACAUUGGCCGAUUCGACAUUGUGCAUGUUCGGUUCAUUAUGGGAGCCGUGUACAGCCAGAACAAGAAUUGGGUCCUCCAGAACAUCCUGAAACUGCUUAAACCGGGAGGAUUCAUUCAAUGGACCGAUGCCACUGUCCCGCUUCUCCAUGUGUUAAGCGAUCCUUUGCAGCCCUUGGGACAAUUCCGCCAACCCCCGGCUAUUGAAGCGCCUUUGGCCAGUAUCUUCUCUCCCACCGAAUGGCUCCGGCGCCUGGCUGAUGAAUUUCAGCAACAUGGUUUGAUCAACACCCGAGCCAUUGAUUUGCCCCCAGUGCCCUGGCUUUCGAAACAAGAAACUGACAACGCUAUUUGGGCCUUGACAGAUAUUCACGAGGGGCUAAAAGUGCGACUCGGAAAGGAGGUGGCUGCGCGGUUUGGAGCGGCGGUGCAGGAAACCCUGGAGGAGAUUAGACACGGUCGAGUGUACUUCGCCACAUAUUAUAUGGCAAUUGGUCAAAAACCGGGGUAA